CUCGAUGAACAAAAUAAGAAAAUCAAGCGUGUAGAAAUCAAAAUUGAAUGUAUCACUCGAGAUAAUAUCAAAAAAGAAUUUGGAGAGAUCAAUUUGUAUGAUGUUGUACGACUUUCCAAUCCAGAGGAAAUGCUUUUAAGUGAGAAACGUGAAGCUUGUGAAAUUAAUAAAUCUAGAAUAUGCUUUGUGAAAUCGUGUUUGUAA